AAAAAAUAUUAAGCACUAAUAAGCACUCAUAUUUUUAUAGUUAAAAUAACUGAUUUACUCAUAUUUUCUUGCAAUUAAUGAAUUUCAAUAAGUUAAAGACAUCAUUAUUCAUCGUCACCAGCUUGGUGUAUGCCAUCAUUUUAAUCGUCGUUUGCAUUGCAUAUGUCAUUAGUGAUGUGACCACACAUCGUCUGCCAGUGCUCUAUUACGAGACAUUCUUCACUUAUCUAUAUGGCGCUAGCAUACUCUUCCUGCUCUAUGUGUUCUGUUUUCUACUACAGGAAAGCUCCUGUUGUAAUGGCGGUGGCAAUAAACCAAAAUCUCCACCAAAAGAGAAAAAGUCAAAGAAAAAGUCACCAGAUCCAGCCGAUUCGAAGGAUGCGAAAGGUUCAAAGGAUUCUGGCAAGAGUAGCAAACCAAGUCCUUAUCAGGAGCGAUAUCCGGUAAAGAAACGUGAUCUGGUACGCCAAUCUCUGACGUUGCAGGUAUGAACAACAACAACAACAACAGCA